CUUCGAUGGUGUUGAUAUCGUCUGCCGCAAAAAAAAGUGAGUGUUUAGACAAAUCCAUUAAGGCGUUCACCCCGGAGAAGGCACUUGGGCUGAUACUUGAUGCUUCGUUGUCAAAGCAUCAAUAUGAGGUUUUGCGCAGUUCAGCUAGAGAAAUUGGAUUCGACAUUUACCCAUCCUACCAUCAGGUACUGGAAGCAAAAAAAAAAAUGCUAUCCUGCAAAUGUUCAGGUGCAAGAAAGUUGUAGCAAAGUUUCUCUACAACAGUUAUUAGAUCAUACAGUAACCAGGAUUUUGAUGACAAAAACCGAGAAUGAGGUGACAGAACUCCCCAACGAACUGCAAAUGUUCUCAAAAUGGGGCUGUGACGGAAGUUCGGGACACAGUGAAUACCAUCAAAAAUUCACAGAUCCAAAUGACUCCGAUAAAUAUAUGUUCUUAACGUCACUUGUUCCAUUGACCCUCACAGAGCGUAAUAAUAUGUCAACAAUGUGCUGGAGAAAUACAGAGCCAUCAUCAACUAGAUUUUGCCGACCGUUAAAAUUUGAAUUUAUACAAGAAACAGCUGAAGUUAUAAAUUCAGAGGUCAGUCGUGUUAAUGACGAAAUAAAAAAUUUAAGAAAUACUGUCGUUGAAUUGCAUAGCAGAAACUUCAAUAUUUCUCACACACUGAAAUUAACAAUGAUUGAUGGGAAAGUAGCUACUACGAUUUCUGGAAGUUCAUCUAUGGCGGUUUGCUUCAUAUGUGGAGCAAAGCCCACAGAAAUGAAUAAUUUAGAUGCGGUGAUUUUGAGGAAAUGUUCGGAAGAAGCAGUUGCGUUUGGUAUUUCUCCCUUGCAUGCGAGAAUCAAAUUUAUGGAGUGCAUUCUGCACAUUUCUUACCGUCUAAGUUUCAAAAAAUGGAGAACAGAUAGUUACACAAAAAUUGAAAUGUCGGCAAAUAAAGCUGAAAUUGGGAAGAGAUUAAAGUUGACACUGGGCAUAAAUGUGGACGCGGUGAAGCAAGGUAUGGGCACAACAAACGAUGGCAAUACGGCAAGAAGGUUUUUCGAAAAUCCAGCCAAAACUGCAGACGUAAUUGGAAUAAAAGAAGAGUUAAUACAUAGAUUUAAAAUUAUUUUGGCCGCAAUAAAUUGUAAUGCAGCAGUCGACACUAGCAAAUUUCAUAUAUAUUGCAUGGAUACUGCCAAGUUGUUUGUUGAUCUCUAUGGCUGGUACUACAUGCCUGUAACUGUGCAUAAGAUUCUGGUGCAUGGUAGCAAAAUUAUAGCAGAAGCUAUUCUGCCAAUAGGUAUGCUGUCCGAAGAAGCUCAGGAAGCGAGGAAUAAAGAUUAUAGAGCCUAUAGAUUACAUCAUUCGCGAAGAAUUGGACGUGUAGCCACUAAUGAAGAUGUAAUGCAUAACCUUUUAUUGUCUUCAGACCCAUUUAUAAAUAGAUUUCGCUCAAAGCUGCAAAUCAAAAAAUUGGAGUACGAUAAUGAUGUUAAAAAAUUAUUAAAAGACUAUGCUUAAUUUA